AUGGCGGCCGUGGGCUUGGUGUCUGUGGCAGUGGCUGCCGAGUACUCUGGCCCCGUAGCGUCCGGAGGUAACCUCUCCGGUGUUAACUGCACCCCAAACUCCGGGGCAGCUCCUGGUCCUGGCCCGGGCUCGUGGAGCCGUUCCCUCGACCGAGCCCUGGAGGAGGCGGCGGUGACCGGGGUGCUGAGCCUGAGCGGCCGGAAACUGAGGGAGUUUCCCCGGGGAGCGGCCAACCACGACCUGACGGACACCACUCGGGCCGACCUGUCACGAAAUCGCCUUUCAGAAAUUCCUAUAGAAGCUUGUCACUUCGUUUCUCUUGAAAAUCUCAACUUGUACCAAAAUUGUAUUCGGUAUAUCCCAGAGGCAAUUCUAAACCUACAAGCCCUAACGUUCUUAAAUAUUAGUCGGAACCAGCUAUCAACAUUGCCAGUGCACUUGUGUAAUUUACCACUAAAAGUCUUAAUUGCUAGUAAUAACAAAUUGGUCUCACUUCCAGAAGAAAUUGGACAUCUUAGACAUUUGACAGAACUUGAUGUGAGCUGCAAUGAAAUUCAAACUAUACCUUCCCAAAUUGCUAAUCUGGAGGCCUUGAGAGACCUUAACGUAAGAAGAAAUCACUUAGUACAUUUGCCUGAAGAACUGGCAGAGUUGCCUUUGAUACGGUUAGACUUCUCAUGCAAUAAAAUUACAACAAUCCCUGUUUGUUAUCGGAAUCUCAGGCACCUACAGGUGAUCACCCUAGAUAACAAUCCACUGCAAUCACCUCCUGCACAGAUAUGUAUAAAAGGCAAAGUCCACAUAUUUAAAUACCUGAACAUACAAGCCUGUAAGAUUGCUCCAGAACUGCCAGAUUAUGAUAGGAGACCCUUGGGUUUUGGCUCCUGCCAUGAAGAACUGUACUCAGGUCGCCCUUAUGGAGCCCUUGAUUCAGGUUUCAAUAGUGUGGACAGUGGUGAUAAGAGAUGGUCAGGGAAUGAACCUGCAGAUGAAUUUUCAGAUCUGCCUCUUCGAGUAGCAGAGAUUACUAAAGAACAAAGACUACUAAGAGAAAGCCAGUACCAAGAGAAUCGCAACAGUUUAGUAGUAACAAAUGGUGGAGUGGAACAUGAUCUGGAUCAGAUUGACUACAUUGACAGCUGUACUGCAGAGGAAGAAGAGGACGAGGUGAGACACUCCAAAGGACUGGACUCAGACAGCCUGAGUUCACAGUUUAUGGCAUAUAUUGAACAGCGGCGAAUCUCUCAUGAGGGUUCACCGAUAAAGCCAGUAGCUAUUAGGGAGUUUCAAAAAACAGAAGACAUGAGAAGAUAUUCACAUCAAAACAGGAUUCCAGUUGAGCCAUCUUCUCUCUUGUCACUAUCACCAAGUCACAAUCAGUUACCACAUACAGACUUGGAACUUCAUCGGAGAAGAGAACAGUUAGUAGAGCGCACUCGAAGAGAGGCACAGCUUGCUGCCCUACAGUAUGAAGAAGAGAAAAUACGAACCAAGCAAAUUCAGAGAGAUGCUGUCCUGGACUUUGUCAAGCAAAAAGCAUCACAAAGUCCACAAAAACAGCAACUCCCCUUAGAUGGUGAGUGUCCCUUCCCAUCCAGAAGGUCUCAGCACACUGAUGAUAGUGCCUUGUUAGUGUCGCUGUCAGGGUUGAAUCAAGUGGGCUGUGCUGCAACCCUGCCUCAUUCUUCUGCCUUCACACCUCUUAAGAGUGAUGACAGAUCUAAUGCUAUAUCAAGUUCACCUACAACAGAAAAAGUUCAUCGUUCCCCUGCAUAUUCUUUUCCUGCUUCUAUCCAGAGAAAUCAACCCCAGCGCCCUGAAAGCUUCCUUUUCCGAGCAGCUGUCAGGGCAGAAACAAAUAAAGGUCAUGUAUCACCUCUUCUUCCAUCUUGUGCACCUCCCACUGAUUCUACAGUUCCCAUUACAAGACAGAAUUCAAGACAUAGAGAAGAAGAGCUGGAAUUAAUUGAUCAACUACGGAAACAUAUUGAGUACCGGUUGAAAGUAUCUCUGCCAUGUGAUCUUGGAGCAGCUCUAACUGAUGGUGUUGUUCUUUGCCAUUUGGCCAAUCAUGUGCGGCCUCGGUCUGUCCCAAGCAUUCAUGUUCCUUCACCAGCUGUACCUAAAUUAACAAUGGCAAAAUGCAGGCGAAAUGUGGAGAAUUUCCUAGAAGCUUGCAAAAAAAUUGGUGUACCUCCGGACAAUCUUUGUUCCCCUUCUGACAUCCUUCAGCUAAACCUCAGCGUUAAAAGAACUGUUGAAACACUACUUUCUCUUGGGGCACAUUCAGAAGAAUCCAGUUUUGUCUUUCUAUCUAUCCAACUUCUGGGUUUUGUGGCAUUUUAUUGUACUUUAAUGUUUACUCUUUGUAUGCUUUAUUACUGGAUCUUCCCCCUCUAGCUGAAAGAUUUCAUUCCAGUGAUUUUCCACCUCAUUCCUGUGCUUGGUAAAGGGGGUUUGUUUCUCAUUCAUAAUUAUUUACAUAUGACACCCACCUCUACCCCAUCCUACCCUGGCCCUAGAUAUCAAGGAGCUAACCAAUAAAGUAGAUAAAUCUUUUCCUCAUAUAUCCAGGUGAGCAGCCCAUCACACUAAGCAUUUAUGAUUGUUAACAAAGAGUAAAAGACCAGCAUUUUUUCUCCUGGCCUGUGGCCUUGUUUCCCUUACCAUAAAUGCUGAAGCAUUUCUACUAAUACAAUCCUAAAUCUGUUCUUAGAAUAUGAUGUAUAGAACUUUAUUUCUAAAUGACACAAUAAAAUAUCCAUCUGGCCAUUUUUCCAUGCCUCAGCACAACUUACAUGUUGAAAUUAUGAGUUGCUGAAACUUUUCAACAACUGUUCAUGAGGAGAAACAUCAUGCCUUUCUGGUUUUGGGGGCACCUGGUCACUUAGAUCUCUGCAUUGAGAUCAUGAACUCUCCUUUAACUGGUAGGCAUAAGUCCAUCUAAGCAUUUGCUGUCUGGACAUUUGUAAGGCACUGGACAUUUAAUCUUAGUAAUUUUAGUUUGGUCAGAAUGUUCAGCAAAGAGAUAAUGUAGGUUCUCUAUGUUGCUAUUCUGAGCCCAUUAUGCACAUUUAAAAUAGAACAAUAAGCAAAUGAUCUGGAGCUGACCUUUCAGGAGUAGGUACCUGUCAAGAUUUACUAUGUUUGUUAUCCUUAACUGAGAUUCACUUCUAAAAUUUUAUUUAGAAUUUAAAAGUGGAAUAUAUGUUAAUUUCUAAUGUAUUUGAACCAUCUUAAUAGGUGCACUAGUGUUUUAUAGGCCAUUGGGGAGAUUAUAUCUGGAUGGUAGCAGGUAAAGUGUUAGCAGUUUCUCUUCUGUACUCAAAUGCUUUCAGAAUGCUUAGUAUAUUGGGCUGGCCCGUGGCUCACUUGGGAGAGUGUGGUGCUGAUAACACCAAGGCCACUGGUUCGGAUCCCAUGUAGGGAUGGCCGGUUAGCUCACUGGCUGAGCAUGGUGCUGACAACACCAAGUCAAGGGUUAAGAUCCCCUCACCGGUCAUCUUUAAAAAAAAAAAAAGAAAACGCUUAGUAUAUUAGCUGCUAGACCUUGAUGCUUGAAACUACUUUAUAAUUGCAUUCAGAUUCUAGUUCUCAUAAAUGGUGUUUCUGAACAUUCAGGAAUCUUCUGAACUCUAUUAAAAUUGGACCACGGAACACAAGUAUUAAGGGAAAUUGCAAGGAACAUAACAGCUUGUUAUUGAAUUCAGCGUGAGGGUUUGAUUCCUUUGGUUUUCUUCUAUAUUAAAUGGUACAGUUAUUUAACACACUAAAAGAUUAUUCACUGUUAAUGCUGAAACAGUGAACACUGUGAUGAAAACUUGAGUUUUAUACAGUGGUAGUAGUGCCUUCCAGAGUUUGGGAGGUUGUGGUUUGUCUUAUUUUUAAGAUGUCUUCGGCUGGCCUGUGGCUCACUCGGGAGAGUGUGGUGCUGAUGACACCAAGGCCACAGGUUCGGAUCCCAUAUAGGGAUGGCCGGUUCGCUCACUGGGAGAGCGUGGUGCUGACAACACCAAGUCAAGGGUUAAGAUCCCCUUACCGGUCAUCUUUAAAAAAAAAAAAAAAA